AUGAAGGAGGGAGGGCUGGUGGGAGCUGGCAGGGAGGGCUCAGGCCAGGGGAUGCAGGUGCCCGUGGAGCCCCGAGCAGCCCCCGGGGCCACGGGUGAGCCGGGGGGUCAGCACCCCCUGCCCCAGCUGCAGCUGGAGGAGAUCGCCAGCAAAAUUUCAGACCUAAACAAAUGGAAAGAAAUCUUCAGUUUUCACAGGCCCCUCCUGGUCCCUCCAGACACAGGUGGCCAGCCCAUCUCCUUGGCAAUGGCAAUGGGGCUGGGGCAGCUGCUCUUUGGAAACGUGUCCCAGCGCUUCAGCCGCGAGUGGGCACAAACCAGCUUCAGGUUCCGGGAGCCGCGCUCUGACCUGGCCUACGCUUUGGAGGCAGGGAAGAAGGGAACAAGAGCCCUUCUGAUGGCUGUACAAGCACACAUCAUCAAAUACAUGCUCUUCGUAAGGAACACAGAAGAUACUCACCUGGAAAGCACCGACCGGCAGCUCCUCUCCGACUGGAAACGGGAGAGACUCUUCCAGCUGUACCUGUACAGCGGGCAGCGGGAGCAGAGCGGAACAGCCCGGCUGACUUACGCCACGACGGGCUGCUCCCUGACACUCCACCACACAGAAAAGCCAGAACACGAAGACAUCUGCGAGUAUCGUCCCUACUCCUGCCCGUGCCCCGGGGCCACCUGCAAGUGGCAGGGGUCCCUGGAAGCCGUGAUGUCCCACCUCAUGCACGCCCACAAGAGCAUCACCACGCUCCAGGGAGAAGACAUCGUUUUCCUGGCCACGGACAUUAACCUCCCGGGGGCGGUUGACUGGGUGAUGAUGCAGUCGUGCUUUGGCCACCACUUCAUGCUGGUGCUGGAGAAGCAAGAGAAGUACGAAGGCCACCAGCAGUUCUUUGCCAUCGUGCUGCUCAUCGGCACCCGCAAGCAGGCGGAGAACUUUACCUACAGACUGGAGCUGAACGGCAACCGGCGCCGGCUGACGUGGGAGGCCACGCCGCGCUCCAUCCACGACGGGGUGUCGGCCACACCCGCCAUCGCGCACCUCUUCGCCGACAACGGCAACCUGGGCAUCAACGUCACCAUCUCCCCCUGCUGCCCCUGA